AUGGACGAGAAGGACGCCAUCCGGGCCAGCGUAUCCCGCCCCUCCAUCGAGAAGCGCGAUGAGGCUGUCAUCGCCGAGGCCGAGGACCGCGUGCUGGCGCACGACGAGUUUACCCCCAAGGAGUACUCGCGCCUCAUGCGCAAGGUCGAUUUUAUCCUUAUGCCCAUGCUCAUGAUUCUGUACGGUCUUCAGUACAGUGACAAGACUUCGCUGUCGUCCGGCGUCGUCUUCGGACUCAAGGAGGACACGGGCCUUACUACGCAGGAGUUUGCCAACCUCACCUCCUUCUUCUACAUGAGCUACGCUGUCGCUCAGUAUCCCAUGGCGUAUCUCCUGCAGAAGUUCCCUCUCGGUCGCGCUCUGGCUGUCUGCACGAUCCUGUGGGGCUCCAUGGUCAUGUGCCUCGGCGCGUGCAACACCUACGCGCAGCUCGCGGCGGUGCGCGUGUGGCUGGGAUGGUUCGAAUCGGUUGUCACUCCCGGCUUUGCUAUCUUCACAGCGUCGUGGUACCUGCGCAAAGAGCAGGGCCUGCGCCAGGGCAUGUACUAUGCCAUGAACUCGUUCUUCGCCAUGGUCUUCGGUCUCGGCAUCUACUUCAUCGCCGACGCGCAGGCCAGGAAGGGUGGUCUGGCGGCAUGGCGCGUCAUCAACCUCUUCCUCGGCGCCAUCACGGUCGGGAUGGGCUUCAUCUUCCUCGUGUUCGGCGGUACGCCUGACGAGGUAUGGUGGCUCUCCAAGCGUGAGAAGCGGAUGGCGAAGGCGCGUAUUGUCGAGAAUGCGACUGGUUCCGGUGAGCAGGCGCCCUGGCGCUGGGACCAGGUCCGCGAGUGCCUCGUCGACCCGCAGUACUGGUGUGCGCUCCUCUUCAACCUCCUCGGCAACAUCCCGAACGGCGCUCUCACGACCUUCCAGAACCUCAUCUACAAGGGCUUUGGGUUCACCAGCCUCGAGACGGUCCUCUACUCGCUUCCCAUGUACGGCGUCACGUUCGUCUGCGUCAUCUUGUGCGCCGUGACAGUUCGCUACUUCCCGCGCAUGCGUUUCCCCGUCGCCCUGAUCGUGCAGGCCGUUUGCGUGUUCGUGCUCCUCUUCGCUGGUCUCGCCAACGUCGGCAAGUGGGCCAAGUGGGGUGUGUGGAUGUUCUCGCUCGUCUACAGCAUCGGCUCGUUCAUCCUCGCCUGGCCCAUGAUCAGUGUCAACGUCGCAGGCCGCACCAAGAAGUCGUUCUUCGGCGCCACCAGUCUCCUCGUCUACUGCGUCGGCAACAUCAUCGGAUCGCAGGUCAUGCGCCCCUCCGACGGACCAAAGUACCUCAAGGGUCUGACUGUCUGCGCGGUUGUUCAGAUCCUGUGCAUGGUCAACACCUGUGUCUGGUGGUGGCACUACGCGCGCCAGAACCGCAAGCGUGACGCCGAGUUGGCCGUGUCCGGCAUGACCGAGGAGGAGCGCAAGCACCAGAACCAGCUGGCCGGCUCGUCGGACCUCACGGACAUCCAGAACCAGCACUUCCGGUACAUGUGCUAG